AUGGCGACCAGGGCGGGCAAACAGGACGUGGUGUGUCAGAAGGGCAUGGCGCAUCAGUUUGCGCAGCACUUCACGCAGGCAGGGCAUGCAGGGCAGGCGUGCGGGCAGGGCGCAGUCCCUGCCCUGGCUCUAGAGGCUUUCUCGAUGAGUGAUUAUCGCCCUCCCAGAAGAGGUCCAGCUAUGGUCUCCACUCAGCUGAAAGCCAUUGCCGGAAGGAAUGUGGUAACCCGGACCGAGUCCUCACUCAGGCAUGCAGCUGUCCAGGUGUCCGGCUGCAGGGGGUGCCUGAGCCUGUCACUCAUGCCAGAGGCAGCGGAGACACCACCUGCGUGCAGUGCAACCAGCAUGAAUCUAUUAAUGCAGCUAACAUUGUCUAAACCUUUGUAUCCCCUUCUGAUGCUUUUCCAGGUUACAGAAUGGCCAGUGGGAAACCAGGGUUUGCUGUAUGACCGUAGCUGGAUGGUUGUAAACCAGAAUGGAGUCUGUAUGACUCAGAAGCAGGAGCCAAGGUUGUGUCUUGUAAAUCCCUCAAUUGAUCUGAAGAAAAAGGUUAUGGUCAUCCAGGCAGAAGGCAUGGACCCAAUAUCUGUAUCACUAGAAGAAAAUGCUGGAAAAGAGGCUGUGAUCUGUGAGAGUAAAGUCUGUUCACACAGGGUAAAAACAUAUGACUGUGGAGAAAGAAUUGCUGGCUGGUUCUCUUUGUUUCUUGGUCGUCCAUGUCGCUUGAUAAGACAAAGUUCAGACAAGGAAAACAGGUCGCAUCAGAAAAAUACAAAAGGUCUGGCAUCUGCUACAAACAUCUCGCUCUCUCUUGUGAAUGAAGCACAAUACCUCCUGAUAAACGUAGCAAGCAUUCUGCAGCUGGAAGAACAUAUUUCUGCAAGAUUGGAAGAGCCAUUGGAAAUAGAGGAAUUAAUCCGACGUUUCCGUGCCAACAUUGUCAUCAGUGCACCAGAGUCCUUUGAAGAAGAAGAGUGGGCUGAGAUUUCAAUAGGUGCUCUGCGAUUCCAGGUUGUGGGUCCAUGUAGCAGAUGUCAAAUAAUCUGCAUUGAUCAACAGUCUGGAGAACGAAACAAAGAAUUUCUGCAGUCUCUGUCUGCUGCCAGAGGUAGAAAGACAAACUUUGGCAUAUAUCUGAUGAACCAGCCCUUGCGCUCAUCCUUUCCAGAUAUUUUAUCAGUUGGGUCUCAAGUACUUCCAGUGCUGAAGGAGAACACAGAAAUUCAGCCCCCGACACCCAGCGAAGAAAAAUGUUCGGGAUAG